UUUGGAUUUGAUGGUUUAAACUCUCAAGCUUACACAAGGAAUAGCAGUCUCUGUUUCUCUUCAUCUUCACAGCUUCUCCUAUUUCUUUCUGACAUCGGAAGAACUUAAAGAUGGUGAUAACAGAAUCAGAAAUGUUGUCGCGUGAUGAAGCGGAAUCGCCAUUGCAGUCUGAGCAGCAGCUCAAGAACAAUGGAUUCUCUUCCCUUGGAAGACAAUCCUCCAUUUACUCUCUUACACUGGACGAAUUUCAGCAUACUCUCUGUGAGGGUGGCAAGAAUUUUGGGUCAAUGAACAUGGAUGAGUUCCUCACCAGCAUUUGGACGGCGGAGGAAAACCAAGCAGUCAGUGGAAGCCACUCCGCCGCCACUGCCGUGGCGGCUGCGGCGGCAUUGAGUAAUACUCAGACUCACCUGCCGGUGACCGGAACGUCGUGGGGGAAACGCAAUAUCGAGAAGCAAGCCAGCUUGGCUCGCCAAGGUUCGCUAACAGUUCCUUCGCCGUUGUGUCGGAAGACGGUGGAAGAGGUUUGGUCGGAGAUUCAUAAGAGCCAUCAGGGGCAGAGUCAAAACAGCAAUUCACAAGAGUCCGCCGCGCGCCAACCAACUUUUGGGGAGAUGACAUUGGAGGAUUUUCUGAUCAAAGCAGGGGUUGUGCAAGAGCCUUGCGGCGGAGCAGGAGUGGUGCAGCCAUUGCAACCACCGCAGCAGUAUAGUUUGUACCAGAAUAGCAACCACGCCGUUGGUGGUGGUUAUGUUUCAAGGCCUAUUGGACUCAGUACAUCUGCAGCUGGCGGUGGUAGCAUUAUAACUGGGUAUGCUAGCAAUGGUAAAAGAAACAGUUUUUAUUCGUCACAGGCUCCUCAUGGUGGUGGCGGAGGAGGAGGAUAUCCGCCUGCUCAGCCGUUGGGGAUGGCGGCGCCUGUGAGUCCAGUUUCCUCCGAUGGAAUGUGCGGGAAUCAGGUGGAUAAGUCGAAUCAAUUUGGGUUAAGAGGUAGGAAGAGAGUGAUUGAUGGGGCAGUUGAGAAAGUUGUGGAGAGGAGACAGAGGAGGAUGAUAAAGAACAGGGAGUCGGCGGCGAGGUCCAGAGCUAGAAAACAGGCUUACACAGUGGAGUUAGAAGCAGAGCUGAACCAGUUAAUAGAGGAAAAUGGACAGCUUAAGCAGGCCUUGGCAGAGCUUGAGAGGAAGGGAAAGCAACAGUACAUCGAGGGAACAAAGAACGGUCAUACGAAGGCACAAAGAGCGAAGGAAAAGCUUGGUGUUAUGAGGAGAAGCUUGAGCUGCCCAUUGUGAAACAAAAUGGCUACCAAAUGUCGUAGCCAUGGUGAACACACAACCCUAAAAACUGCUGUUCCUCUUCCUUGCUUUUCGUCUGAGUUUGUCGAGGCGUUGUAAAAUGAAGUAGAUACAACGAGAGUAAUGAAAGUAAGGUCUGGCGUUUGUGGUAAAAGAACGA